AUGAAGUCCUUCGCCGCCACAGCAACAACCCUCCUCGCCCUGGCCUCCAGCGCCGCGGCAAACACCUGGACCCUCUACUGCGGCGACUCGUGCAGCGACGGCACAGCCAUCGAGACGGGUGCCAACUUCACGGGAGCGGCGUGUACGAACCUCACUUCUGAGUACGAGUACUGCUACUUCACUGCCGACAAGGCUUGGUACUACGCCGUUGCCUUCCAGGAGUCCGACUGCGUCGUCAGCAGCGACGCGCCCCGGACGGUGCUGUCCCCCGGCGAGUGCACCGAUUCCGGCGCCUUUGAGUCUUACAUUGUCGUGGUGGAUGUCUAA